UCCUACUCUAUAUAAAUAUAGAUCCAUAGACUGAGAUAUCAACACACACUCUGAUUUAAACAACAAUCACUUACCAAUAUACGACUUCCUCUCGUGUUAAACCACAUACAUCUCGAUCAUGGCCGACGCUUCUUCUGUUACCGAUGAACCAGAGGUUCAGAGCGAACAAGAGAAGUUGAAGCAUUUGGAAUUCGUGGAAGCUGCAUUAGUGCAAGCAAUUGUUUAUGCAUCAAAAGCUUAUGAUUUUGCUAAGGACAAGACUGGGCCUUUGAAACCUAGCGUGGAGACAUUUGAGACUCAUGUCAAGACUGUCGUUGGCCCUGCUUAUGAAAAGCUCCAGGAUUACCCUAUUGUGGCUCUCAAGUUUGUUGAUCGUAAGGUUGACGAGUCUGUUACCCAAAUAGAUGGUGCGAUGCCUCCAUAUGUGAAGGGUUUAACAACUACAACCAAAGGUCUUCUAGUCAAGGUGGAUCCAGUCGCUGAGGGAUACGCUUCUUCAGCUUGGAAAACCCUAAAUUACCUUCCAUUUGUGACUACAGUAGCUAAGGCAAUUGCACCAUCAGCAACUUUAAUUACUGAGAAGUACAACCAGACUGCCCAGCAAACAUCAUCAUUUCUGCCAUUGGUGCCCACUGAGAAGAUUUCUAGGGUAUUCGCCAUUCCUUCAGACACAAAACCAGAUGAACCGGUGGAGGAGGUCCCACGUGGAGAGGAAGAAGCUGUGGAGGAGGCAGGGGAGGAAGUUGUAGAGCCUGCUGCAGCUGGAGAGGAAGAAGUUGUGGAGGCUUAGGAGCAAUGAUUAACGUUAAUGUUUAUGGUGUUGGGGGUUUGUUUAUCUUGUAAGGUGGUAUUCUAAUAUUGUGGUUUAUGUGGUGUUAUUUAUUUUUUGUAUGAUGUAUACAUGAAGUCGUACGACAUUAGUAUUGGGAUCUAGAUUUGUAUUAGUGUUGGGUUCUGGAUUUGUAUGUUCAAGAGCCCAUUUAUAUUAUGAAAAAAAAAACUUAUAUUA